UCUGAACUAAAUAAUGAUAACAAACAAACAUAAAUAAACAUUUCAUGAUGAUAGAACGAAAACAAUACCAAAGAAUAACAUAAAACUACUACUAUGUUAGACAAUAAAAACAACACGACCACCGCAGUUUCAAAAUAAUAUUAAUCAGGCGCGGUUAGAAGUAAUUGAAUAUAAUAAACUCUGAAUUAAAUAUUGUUUUGCUAGGUUUAAUAUUAAUAUGUGCUAUAAUAGAAAUAAAAUAUAAAAUAAACUACAUUUUGGUGUAAUAUUACAUAUUUUUAAUAUUUGAUUGUUUACUACAGUUAUUCGCUGUUCUCUACUCUAAAAUUUGUGCAAUUAUUAACAAAAAAAAAUAAAUGUCAUUAAAAACUAAAAAUAGUUGUCAAAUGGACGUUGAGCAGAAACAUAAAGUUGGUGAUUUUUGGCUUUGGAGAUGGAUUCUUAAUUGGACUGGAACUUCACCGACAACGUUGCGCGCAGCAGAAAAAAAAAUUCUUUCAUAUUUAAAAACACAAUACCGAGGCUUUUUCGUUGAUAUUGGUCCGGCUAUAUCAGAGUCAGAUAAAAUAUGGACAAUCAGUUUAAAUACAGAAUCAAAAGAAGUGCCGCUGGUGCUAUUACAUGAUUUGGGAGCUGGUAUUGCACUUUGGGUUAUGAAUCUAGAUUCUUUAGCAAAAGAUCGUCCAGUAUAUGCAAUGGACAUUUUGGGUUUUGGUCGUAGUUCACGUCCCACAUUUUCAACUGAUGCACUCAAAUGCGAAAAACAGUAUGUAAAAUGUGUGGAAGAAUGGCGUCGCGAAAUGAAUAUCGAUAGUAUGAUACUAUUAGGGCACUCCAUGGGAGGAUUCAUAUCUUCAAGUUACGCUCUUUCAUACCCAGAUCGUGUCAAACAUUUAAUACUAGCUGAUCCCUGGGGUUUUCCAGAAAAACCAAAAGAUUCAAACAAUACUAAACAGUAUCCGUUAGUGUUGCGCGCUAUUGCCUAUGCAUUAACGCCACUUAAUCCGCUUUGGUUAGUAAGAGCAGUUGGACCUUUAGGUCAAUGGGUUAUACAAAAGACACGACCAGAUAUUAUGCGUAAGUUUUCUGUAGCUGUUGAAGACGAUCAAAACUUGUUGCCGCAAUACAUACAUCAAUGUAACUCACAAAAACCUAGUGGUGAAUCAGCUUUCCAUACGAUGAUGCAAUCGUUUGGCUGGGCUAAGCAUCCAAUGAUUCAUCGCAUCAAAGAUGUGCGUGAGGAUAUUCCAAUAACAUUUAUAUAUGGUUCCCGCUCAUGGAUUGAUUCUUCAUCUGGCGAGAAAAUUAAGGCACAACGCGGCAACUCACAUGUCGAUAUCAAAAUAGUAACUGGUGCGGGUCAUCACGUGUACGCAGAUAAACCGGAUAUUUUUAACAAUUAUGUAAACGAAACCUGUGAUUUGUACAAAACAAAUAGAGAACAAGUGCAAUUACGAGAUAAUACAGAACUAGAUGAAGAGCAGGAGAAAAUGGUGCUAAAUGUUGAAACACCACAACAAACAGAUACAGAAACGCCUUACCUCGAGAAGCUGAGUACAACAGAACUGAACAAAAAGUGAAAUUGCUGGAUGCACAAUAUUUUGUUAUGUAUUCAUUAUACCUGUAUUAAAUUUUAGUUCUGAAAUAGUAUUAAUUUAUAGAGUCCUGCUGAUGUAGCACAUUAUUUACAAUUACUUUAAUCAUAGUUUAUGCAAAUGUGUAUAUAAAUCUAUAUUAAUAUAAUAAUAUAUUUUCAUAGUUUACUAAAACAAAAUCAAAAUAAAAAAUACGAAUCAACAUUUAGUUCUAUUAAUGGAAUUUUGUGGCAAUG